CACUUUUAAGCCCCCUGUGUAUGCGAGAAAAAUCUGAUUCGGAGCUCUUCAGAGUAGAUGUUCCCGUUGAGAAAAUCUCGCGCGUUUCCUCAAAUAGAGUGGGACUUUACGCAAUGAAACACGUCACCUGAUCGCGUUUGGCACCACGUCACGCGUUCAAUUAGUGCUAUUCUUGGCACAUCUGAUCUCAACUCUUCUCCAACGGUCAACAGAUUUAAGUAUGGCGUCUUGCCUCGCUUCCUUAUACCCCUUCUCUCGCGCCACCAACAUCUCUGAAGACGACAUGCCGCUUCCUGAAAAGCCCAUCGAGAACAUCCACCCGGAAAACAACACCCUUCCUCAUCUCACCUCCGACCAGGCUGCAGAGGGGCUUGUGGCUCUCGUCGACCAUAGUGCGAACCACACGGAUGUAUCCCAGGGGAUUCAUGCCAGCUCUCACACCAUCUUCUCCAUUCCGUGGAUUCACAAGCUCAUACCGGGUAUCGAGAAACUUGCCAAUGCCUAUCACAUUGGCAACUUCGUCGCCAUUCGGGGCUCGAAGGACCAGAUCUUCGAAGCCAUGCCCAUCUAUGCCAGAAUCGGGAUGCACCUCCUGUUCUACGGUAGCGGCCAGAUCAAGGUCCUUCACUGGCAGCACAUUGAGGAUCUUCUUCGGGAACAGUCAAUCAAGGAGGGCAAAGUAUAUGACAGCCCCGAGUCGACGGCUUCCAUCGCCUCCUUCGUGAAGACGUAUGAACUCAGCACUGACGAGUUGCUCGAGCCCGAUCUCUCCAAAUACAAGACCUUCAAUGAGUUCUUCUUUCGCAAACUCAAAUCUGACGCACGACCUGUUGUCCAUCCUGGGGACUCCUCGGCCUUCUGCAGCGCAGCAGACUGCCGCUUGACUGUUUAUCCUAGCAUUGAUCUGGCCAAAGAAUUCUGGGUCAAAGGUCGCCAGUUCACCGUUCCCAACUUGCUUGGCGUCGAGCCAAACUCCGAGAAGGCUAUCACCUUUGAAGGAUCCAGUCUGGCUAUCUUCCGUCUUGCACCAUCUGAUUACCACCGCUUCCACUCCCCGUUGGACGGUACCGUUGGGGAGACGGUGCACAUUCCCGGACAGUAUUACACCGUGAAUCCACAGGCGGUGAACGAACCCGGUUUCGAUGUGUUCACUGCCAACUCCCGUUCGGUUCUCUAUCUAACUCACAGCGGUACCGGCCUCCCCGUUGCUUUCGUUGCGAUUGGUGCGCUUCUGGUUGGAAGCAUCCGUUGGACGAAUGGCGGCGAGCCGGGAAAGACGAUCAAGCAAGGCGAAGAACUGGGGUAUUUUGCGUACGGCGGAAGCACCGUUGUGGUCCUUUUCCCCAAGGGCGUCAUUGCAUUCGACGAUGAUCUCGUUUCGAACUCCGCGGUCCCCGUCGAGACUCUGGUGAAGGUCGGGUGGUCCCUUGGAAAGACCCCAAGCAAAGCAUAAAUUCCGAUUAAGUUCGUAUGCGACGUCUACAUGUGGAUUUUCGCCUGGGGAUUCAGUGAAUAUCGUGCCUUCCUGAUAUACGUUAUACCCAUAUCUGUGUGCAUACCUUAUUGAUAAAUUGGAUCAUAAAUAUUUCUUAGCUUGGGAUCAAUGUGUCCUCCUCCACUCGGCCAGCAUCUCUACACUGAUCAUUUUAAGCCCCCAGCGAUCGGCGAACGCCCUGCAGUCGUCGCGGCGAGCCAUCGUCCCUUGCGCAUCGUCGUUCACGAGUUCGCACAGCACACCUGCGGGAGGCAGCUUCGUGAGCCGGCACAGAUCGACCCCGCUUUCCGUGUGGCCCUUUCGUGCCAAAACGCCGCCUUCCACCGCACGCAGGGGCACCAUGUGGCCCGGACGUGUAAAAUCCGCCGGGACGGAAGACGGAGAGGCGAGAGCCCGGGCGGUGCGGCUUCGGUCUCCCGCAGAGAUCCCGGUGGUCACUCCUGUACGCGCGUUCGGUAUGUGAGAGUAGAGCGCAUGGCGGGACACGCACCGUGUUUGUAGUCGACCGUGACCGUGUAUGCGGUACGAUGUCUCUCCUGGUUAUCCGGAACCAUCAUCGGGAUGUCGAGCUCCUUUAGUCUGUCCCCUGGGAGUGCGAUGCAGAUGUAGCCACUUGUUGCGAGCUCAGUACACCGAAUGCAUUCACACAUCGGCCAGUCAGAUGCGCACCUGGUGUGUUUGAUCAUCCAUGCCAUUUUUUCGGUCGUGCAGUGGGUCGCAGCAAUUAUGAGAUCGCCCUCGUUCUCUCGAUUCUCAUCAUCCAUGACCACCAGAAACUCUCCGGCCUCAAACGCCGCCAGAGCAUCCUCCAUAGCAUCGAAAGCGAAGGUCGUUCUCGGAGGGAUGCCGGCGGUUUCGACCGCUCUCCAUGGCUUGGUGGUUCCAUUUGACCCGGCAGUAUUUGCGACGACAGAAGGCAUGGAUGCUUGUUGUGCGUAAGUGUAGGAAUUUCAGAGUUCGGACGGGGCCUUUGCGGUGAUGAAGCCGAAUAUUUAAAUCAGAUGAAUCUACGGUCGAGGGGCGAUUGAUAACCGCUAUGUCAGGCGGCGG